AUGGUGAAGCAGGCAUGGUACACCAUUACAUCUGAGACCAUCAAACAUUGCUGGAAUCACACUGAAAUCCAACUUGAUCCAACAGUAGGCCUAGACUCGAGGCCUCAUGUCAAUCCUGCCGCAUGGAAUAUCAUCCGCAAGUUCAUGACCACUGAAAUGUCCCUUCCAGCAGUUGAGAAUGACCUAAAGGCUCAUCUUUGUGAACACUAUGUAGAUUCAGAUUGGCGACCAGCUCUUAAAGCCAUCAUGGAUGCCAAAGGAGACACAGAUAUUGCCUUGAAUGCUGUAAAUGCACUUGCAGAAGCUGUGUCUCAUCACACUGGGCUCAAAAUUUGUAUUCCUGUGUGUCCACAGCAAGCGGAUGACCAACUUUCCUCUGCUGAAGCUGACCUUAUGCAAUCUGUCAACAAUCUCAAGGCGCGCAAUUGUAUUUUCGGUCAAUUGCCAACUCUUGAUGAGCUCCUGGACCCUGCCGAGGAGAGAGAUAUGGGAGAGUUUCCCGCAUUCGAAGGUGGUGACAAAGCCAUUGCAGAUGAGGUCCAUCGUGAAGUUACCAUCGCAAGCGGUGAAGUCAUUGAGACUGAUUCUGAUGACGACAAUGACAACGACGAUUCAGUGGCUGCAUCAAUCACAUGGACAGAUCUUCUUGAUUUGUGCCAGCAACUCAAAGUUGGAUGCAUGCAAUAUGGUAAUCCACCGUUUUCACUCAACUUAUCAUCACAACUUCGCAUAUUUCGUGCUUGUCAUAUCCCGCAUUCCGGACCCGGACCUAUCACACACAUCAUUUCCGGACUUCCGGAUCUGGCCGACUUCUAUCUAUCGUCUGGAUCCGACCUGCAUCUAUCUUCCAUGCCUUAUCCCUUUGUACGUUCCUUCUCCAGUUAG